GCGCCCCCCGGAAGCGGGCGGGCGGCGCGGCGCUGAGCGCGUCACGGGGGCGGCGGCGGCGGCGGCUGGACGGGGCCGGGGACUGGGCGCCGCCAUGGAGGGCGCGAGCCAGGAUAUCAACCUUAACUCUCCCAACAAAGGUCUGCUGGCCGACGCCAUGACCGACGUGCCCGUGGACGGCGCGGCCGCCGCCAGGACCGCGGCACCUGAGGGACUGACAGCCGCCGAGGAAGAGGAGCUGAGAGCCGAGAUCGCCAAGGUUGAAGAAGAAAUUGGUACUCUUAGACAAGUUCUGGCUGCUAAAGAGAGGCACUGUGGAGAGUUGAAGAGGAAGCUGGGUUUGACUCCCUUGGAUGGGUUAAAGCAAAACCUGUCUAAAAGCUGGCACGAUGUACAAGUCUCCAACGCUUAUGUGAAAACAUCUGAGAAACUUGGAGAGUGGAAUGACAAAGUGACACAGUCUGACUUAUAUCUUUCAGCCAGCAGCACACUGGAGGACUGGAAUGAAAAAUUAACUCAAUCAGAAGCUUAUAAGAAGACCCAGGAAACCCUUUCCCAGGCAGGACAGAAGACUUCAGCAGCCCUUUCCAAUGUAGGUUCUGUUAUCAGCAGGAAACUUGGUGACAUGAGGAAUUCUGCAACCUUCAAGUCAUUCGAAGAUAGAGUUGGGACCAUAAAGUCCAGAGUGGUGGGCAGCAGGGAAAACAGCACUGAUGGCCUCCACUCCCCCUCGGGAGCUGGAGAGAAGCCUCCACAAGACAACGCUCCUUUCUAGACCUGCGAUGUGGCUUUGCACAGCUGUGCGCAACUCCAAGAGCAAGCCUCCUCCCUCCCAAAUCUUCACAACAGCAACAACAUGCGAAUCCAUGAAGGGGCUGAGAACCAGUCUGGAGAGAUCCAUAAUCCAUUCAUAGACACUGCUGCUGGAUCUAAGUCAAAUAAAGAGAAUGCAAAGUUUUGUACACAAAUAAUAUUUUACACUAAACUUUGUAGAUGAAAUGUAUCACUGUGCUGUCCUUUUGGGAGAGCACUUAAGAUGGAGUUUCCUUAAAGUAGCUCAGAAAUGCCGCUGGCAUAGAAAAAGCAGUUUUUCCCACGUCUGUCGUAACUGGGAGCAGAGAAAUUGCCCUGUGCAGUGUGAGGAGGGCAGUUACAGGAGAAGCCAAGCGCAUGGGCAUUUUAGCUUCAGCUUCUGGCUAUGUUCUCUGUUCAGGGCAUGCCAUGUAGCAACUCAGCGGUCUCCCAGGCUUCUCCCAUUACUGUUUCCUCUGGCUCUCAUUGGAGAAAUCUGUUAAAAGGGGUAAAUAGUUACGUGGUUUUUUUUUUUCUGGGCUCCUAAGAGGGAAACUUCACUUAGCAGCUGCCUCGUUGUUACACUAAUGCUCUAGCUUUAACAAAACUAAAAUCUUUAUUUUUAAAUGCAACGAACUUUAAAGAAAUAAAGCUUAAAAAAAAAAAAAGCUUCGGCAUCAUAUUAGGGAAAUGCUCCCUUGGACUUUGAAACUGAAUUGCAAGCCUUACAUCACCUUAUGCUUUACUCGUUUAUGAUUUUUUUCUAUAGAGAGGACUGUAAGGGUUAUAAAGCUGGAUAUUGAGCACUGGAGUUUUGCAUCGUUCAGUAGUAGCAGCAUGCUUAUAAGCCAGUUCUUGUGUUAACUUUCAGUGGUGCACUCUGUUGCCUGAGUGUAUAAAACUUGCUUCUCCCUUCUCAGCUUAUGCCUUCGUUCUUGGAGGAAGAAAUCCUGAAGGCUGCUAGCAACAGGGCCAGCUUUAACGAGGACAAAGCUGUUGCUAGCAACAGGGGCGCUGUGCUGGAGGGACUCUGCUCUGCUCUCUGUGGGCUCCUCCGUCUGGCACGUCUGACUGGGACCGUGUGGGUUCAGUUGAAAGCCCCGGCUGUAACCUUGGUUUACAAACCCGGCAGAGUCACAGGGCUCGACCAGUUCCCAUAGCGGAUAGAUGUUUUGCUCUUCCGAUGUCCGACCUCAUUGCUCAGGAGCUGAAACAUUGUAAGGUUUCUUACAGAGGCCUGAUCUUCUUCUAGGCAAGAUGCCUCCAAAUAAAUACACCUGCAGUGAGCGUUUCUGUGCCUUAGAGGCCAAGUGGGACUUGCUCAGGUCUUUAGACUUGCCUAUGUACAUAUCUGGGUAGUUUUAGUAGUUUAUCGCCCUGGAGGGACUGGACCAUCUUUGACCCUUCUUUAGAGAAGCAAGUUUUGACACUUGUCUGCUGAUUAAUCUCCAUUUCCCCCAUCCCCACUCCCUUCCCUCUGCUGAUCCGGGGACACACGAUGAGGCAGUAGAAGGCAGAUGUGCUAGGCAGUAGGUGGAGUGUAGUGUGUCAUUUACCAGCUCUCCUCGUUUGACUAAAACUGGCCUCCGUGCGAGGAGCAGAGCCAGUGAAACGGGGACUGCUGGGGCGUGGGUCUUGAACUGUUUCUCUUUACAGAUAAAUACCGAGGAAACUUGUCAAUAAAGCAUUCCUUUGGGAGAAAA